CUACAGAAAACGGGGAUGCCUCCUACCGGAGCACAAACCCACUCCCCGUUUUCUGUGAAACUGUGAAAAGGAAAAAAAAAAAAAAAAGCCCUGUUGUUUUUUUUUUUUACCACUGUCAGAAAGCCCAAGCACUGCGAGCUUUCUCCACAACCUACACUGCUCACAGGACUCUCCCAGGAUGCUGUCGAACAACCCGCACAUCGGGCACAAAGUGGCAGGCUGUUGGAUUUUCCUCUCCCUCUUCUAUAUCAACUUUUCUGCUGGCAGCUCAGGAAAAGGCUCACAGAGCCAAGAUGAUAUGCAUGUCAUCCACAACAAUCAACUGGACCUGCGGGAGAUAGUGUUCAUCCUCCAGAGCCAAAGCAACUCCUUCCAUGUGAGUCAGGCAGAAAGACGGAAAGCAGAUUUACUAAAGCAGGCACACAGUCUCACAGAGGAACCCCCGGUGGUUUUGCUUCUUCACACUUUAUCAGAUAAUGAGGGAGAUUGGAGUAUCCUUCCUCUGCUGCCUUACAUAUCGUACUCCUUCGGGAAAAACUCAUCCUGGAUUGUAUUUCUUGAGGAGGAAACAAAUGUGAAGAUGACUAAGCUUGCUCAAGUCCUUGCGAAAUUUGACAAGAAUAAAGAGUGGUUUCUUGGUAAGCCCCUCCAUGAUGAGGAGUCGACCAUUAUCCAUCACUACGCCUUUGCAGAGAACCCCUCCGUCUUUAAAUACCCAGACUUUGCUGCUGCUUGGGCCUUAAGCAUCCCUCUUGUAGUCCGGCUUGCAAACAAAGUGAGAGAUGAACCAUUAAAAUCUGACUUCACCAUUGACCUGAAGCAUGAGGUUGCCUUGUAUAUCUGGGACAAUGGGAACGGUCCACAUCUCACUGCUGUUCCUGAGCUGUGCACUGAGCCGGAGGACUCUUCUCAGCCCCUCAACCACUGUGCCACCACUCUGAGCAGCAAGCCUCCACUGUGUGGGGAGCCUGUAAAUACAGAAGAUAUAUUUGUUGCCGUGAAAACGUGUAGGAAGUUUCACAGUGAAAGAGUUCCAGUGAUAAAGAAGACUUGGGAAAAGGAUGCCUUAUUUUUAGAGUACUACAGUGACCAUGCCGAUCCUUCAAUCCCAACCAUUAAUAUAGGAGUACCAAAUACUGAAAGAGGCCACUGCGGGAAAACCUUUGCAAUCCUUCAAAGAUUUCUAAGCAGCUCUGUCCCAAACACCAAGUGGCUCAUUGUUGUGGACGAUGACACACUUAUCAGCAUCCCCAGACUGCAAGUCUUGCUGAGCUGUUAUAACCCUUCUGAACCAGUGUGUCUUGGAGAGAGGUACGGCUACGGCCUGAGCCAAGGCGGCUACAGCUACAUCACGGGAGGUGGAGGCAUGGUAUUCAGCAGGGAGGCUGUGGUCCGACUGCUUGACAGCGGCUGCAAGUGCUACAGCAAUGACGCGCCGGAUGACAUGGUGCUGGGAAUGUGCCUCAAUGCUCUCGGACUUCCUGUCACACACAGUCCACUCUUUCACCAGGCACGCCCAGAGGACUAUGCUAGAGACUUCCUAGCUCACCAGGUGCCCAUCUCUUUCCAUAAACACUGGAACAUCGACCCGGUUGCCGUUUUCAACAAAUGGCUUAAGGAUGACCUGGUGGCAAAGGCUUCAGAUGGACUUGAUAAGAGCGCUAAGACAGAGUUAUAAUCAUUUUAAGCACAUAGCUAGCCUGUAUGAAUAUGUAUGUAUGUAUGUAUGUAUGUAUGUAUGUAUGUAUGUAUGUGUGUACGGACAGCGCGUGUGUGUAUGUCGUGUGUGUGUGUGUGUGUAUUAUGGAGUCAUGGAACUGAAAUAUUGUUCUUCACAGAUGUAAAUGUUUUUGUAUUGUUGAUGUUAUUAAGAGGGACCAUGCAAGCGUGUGUCCAUGACUUAAUAUGCGAGUGUUUUCAUGACUGAGUUGCAUGUUGAGGUUACUGUUAUUUUCAAAAAUAUGGAUGUAACAUGUGUAUAUUUAUAUCAUAUGAAUAAUGUAAACCUUACAGAGGAGAAUCUUCCUCUUUGUGAGAUUCUGUUACUUCAGUAAUGCUGUACUAUGUGCUCUAUUUUGACAUAAAAGUAUAAAUAUUUGA